GUGUUUUCGUUCAAAUGCUUCGGCGGCAAUUCACUUCCGUGUGCAGAGCGCUGUGAAUACAACAAAAAGAGAUCUAAUUUAUUGAUUUUUUUCAGGGUAGUAGAUUGUGGAGCUUGUGAAAGAACUGUAUCACUGGUGCUGUUGUACAACGAAGGCAUGAAUUUGGUUUUCUUGCUAGUAAUUCUGUUCUUUUAGACAGUUUUAGAGUCAAGACAAGGCCGUGUUCGUGCUGUUUUACUCGACAAAGACAUGCAUGCAGUGACUGAAUGAAUGAAGCCGGCAAAAUUGAUCAGUCCCAAUCGUUCACAAGCAGGUCAGUUUGUGUGAAACUGGGAAGGUGUUGCUUUAAAAAAAAUCUAAAGCAUCAAUUUCCUAAGUCAAGAGACAAACAAAUAUCCUGAGCCUUCUCAGCACAUCAUCAUCAGACCGAGACGGCUUCAAGCAAGAGACAACAUCCCUGAUUCAAGCUGGAUCAUAUGGACGAGCUUGACAUCAUGGAACGUAACAAGAAGAAGCUUACGUUACCACUGAGCAACGAUUGUGUAUUCUCACCAUGCUUCUCUCAGACGCAGGCCAGUCCAGUCACAGCAUUAUCAAUGUCAAUGGUGACACUCUCUUGCAUGGGUGGCACCCCUAAGAGGAGACUAUCCAUGUCAAGUAUAGGGGAAGCUUCUCCUGUCCCACCAAACUUAUCCAGGCAUUCCUCACAUAGCUCAGGUGUCAGUGUUGGUACUCCAAGCCCCUGUGAAUCUCCUCUUAUACUGGGCACAUUCCAACCAAUCAACCCAUCCAAUGACCAGCCUGAGUCAAGCAGGCAUAGCACACAGUUCAGACGGUUCAACUCCAUGCCUCUCAGGUUACAGCAGCAGCAUCAGGAAAGUCCUUCUCUUCAAAUGUUCCAUCGCCCAAGGUUAAUACGACAGCAUGGGCUGGAGGAGCCUAUGAAGGAAGAAGAGAAGGAAGAUGGAUUGUGGAUGAUGAAACCAGCUGGGAAGAGGAAAGACAGUGAGGAGGAAAAGGAGGAGGAAAAGGCAGAUUCCAUGCAGCUUGACCUGCCAUCGCCAGAUAUCGUUGAAGAAGCUACCCUGCCAUCGGAAGGAUUCACCUUCGUCAUGCCUAAGCCCUUAUCAGCAAGACCAGCAUCGUCGAGAGUUUCAUCCUUGAACUUUGCUCCUGCAGGGAGUAGACCGAUUUCAGCUCCAGCAACAUUGCUCGAUGAGGAGGAUGAUGAUGAUGCCAUUCAGCUUCAAGAAGAUCGGCUGACAAGCUUCCAUGAUGAUGAGGAUGACGACGCUGAUAACGACGAUGGAUUCUCAGACAUCUUUGACACAGAUUCACAAGAGGGUUCAUCAUCUGCAUUUUCUGAUGGAUUAGCCGGUCUGAUCCACGGUGCACUCAUCAGCCCUGCUGGCAAGGCCAUCAACAGUCCACCAAGCCACAGCAUAGCAUCGGAAUCCUCCCAGUCAGGAAACAUUCCAAAUCGCGGCGUAGACUGCAACACCCUGCGAACUACACCCUCUGGAGGGCCGCGAUGCAGGAAGGGCAUCUUCAAGAUACCUAGCCAACCAGUACUAGCCAGGCGAAACUCAUCCUUCCUCAAACGCACUGAGCGCCCCCAGGACACACCCAGCCCUGUCCAGAACAAGCGCCCUCGUAGUUCGUCUGUCGCCAGCCCGCAGGUCACCAGUAUGGAGGCAGAGAAGACAUCACCGAAAAACAGGAUGUGUCUGGGUCGUUCGCUGUCCAUGCUGUCACCCAACGAUCCCUAUUUCAGAAGGAUUGACCAGGCGCUGUCAAUAGAGGGCGGGCAGCACAAUCUAACGGGAGAUCGCACCAAGGCUUGCUCUGUACCACUUGUUACAGGGAAGCAGAAGGAUUUAAAGUGCAUUAGUCCCGAGACAAUGUGUCGGCUGCUCAGGUCAGAAUACGACCAGGAGAUUGCUGAAUGUCAUGUCAUCGACUGCAGGUAUCCAUAUGAGUUCAAUGGAGGACAUAUAAAGGGUGCAAUCAACAUCUAUGAAGAAGUAGAGCUGAAGAAGAUGUUCCUGGAGAACCCCUUACCCCCGCUCCCUAACAACGGCAGACGAGUCUACAUCUUCCACUGCGAGUUCUCGUCUCAGAGAGGACCCAAGAUGCUCCGCCUCCUCCGGGCGCAGGACCGGGCAGCGAACCUAGAGAACUACCCCGCCCUCUAUUAUCCCGAGCUUUACCUUCUCAAUGAGGGUUACAAGGCUUUCUUUGAAUACAGCACGGAGUUUUGUGAACCAAAAAUAUACACUCCUAUGAACCACGACGACCAUCUUGAAGACCUCCGCUACUUCAGGGCAAAGUCAAAGUCAUGGACGGAGAGGAGCAGACUGGUCACCCGCUCCAAGUCCCUCUUCUAAGAGCUCAAUCUGUCGCCCUCUCAAGUUCAAAGCAGGAAAACCACAGCAGUUGAUUGUACCAUUGGAUUGUACCAUUGGAUCCCUGGGGGUGCUGCUUUCGUGCAGAUAAUGUGUGUGAUCCUAGUCUUUUAUAUCCUGUACGCAAGCUCUAGCUGCAUUCUUGUCCUACUCUUUUUUUCUCCUAUUUUAUAUAUUUUUUUACUGAGCUAUAAGGCAAUGGUCAAUGAAAGGUCUUACGGGUAAAGAAAAGGAUCUUUUCCCUAAAAUCCCUUUUGUCGUUUGAAUAAAAUGUUCAGUCCUGUUAGCGUUAAGCCCUGCCAUAGUUCACAUAACUUCACAAUCUUUCAUGUCAAUAUGAAGUAAUGAUAAGUUGUUGACCCUUGUAACAUGUUGUAACAUGUAAUCAUCUGCCAAA